AUGUCCCACCGAGAUUCCGAUCUCAUCGGCCUCAUCGCCGUAGUCGGCCUCUCCCUCCGCUUCCCCGGCGGCGCCAACGACCUCCCUAGCUUUUGGAACCUGCUUAACCAAGCCCGGUGCGUCUCGCAGGACUUCCCGGUCAACCGUCUCAAUGCAGACAGCAUGUACUGGCCGGCCCGCGUCCGCGGAGGCCACUUCCUGAACGAAGACGCCGACGGCACCUGCACGGCCUUCGACGCGCCCUUCUUCGACCUGUCCGCUGUCGAGGCUGCAUCCAUGGACCCCCAGCAGCGCCUAUUGCUGGAAGCCAGUUAUACCGCGUUGGAGAACGGCAUAUCCAAGCUCCGUGGACAUUCGCUGCAGCGUGGCCUUCUCGAGAUCGGGCUGGCAAGCCGCGUUGUCAAUAUUGCUGACGGCGCCAGCACGGACCCGGGCGCUCUCACUGUUCUGGCGUUUGAUAUCGAGUCUCCCAAGCCUUAUCUCCACGGUAUAAACGCGGACGGCUUACAGAACAUUCAGCGCAUCUUGCAAAACGCCAGGAGCGUACUCUGGCUGACGAAGAGCACAUCUAAGCCUGAACACGGCAUGGCGACAGGGCUUGCACGCGCUGUCAACACCGAGGUCAACGAGUACAAGCCAAUGAGAGUUACCUUAGAGGCUGAUAGCGAGCCAGAUGAAGAGCAGAUCCAGACCUUGUUCCGUCUCAUCAGGCAGAUGCUCGCCAGUCCAGAAAGCCGGUUUGAGGCCGAGAUCGAACAGCGCGGGGGCCUCUUCCACAUCGGUCGGCUGCAGGAAGAUGCAGCGUGCCAGAAGGGAAUCCGCGAGAGGUUGUCGUUUAAGCUAGAGUGCGACCUGCGCUGGAAGGACGCCCCUGCUCUGAAACUCACCACCCAAACUCCGGGGCUUCUGGAGAGCCUAUGCUUUGUUGAGGACGACGCCCACUCCGCACCCCUGCCAGACAACGAGGUGGAGGUCAAAGUCAAGGCCGUCGGACUCAACUUCAAGGACGGCCUUGCCGCCCUGGGCCGACUGCCUAUCGGGACCUUGGGGAUUGAGUGCGCCGGCGCUGUGGUCCGCGUUGGGGCUGCGUACCAGGAUAGCUUCCAGAUCGGCGAAUGGGUGUGCAUGCUCAGCAUCGGGGCAGCGUUCAAGCCUUACGCACGCGGCAAGGCACACAAUGUCUGGCGGUUGCCGUUUGACAUGAGCUUCGUCGAGGCGGCGUCGAUGCCGACAACGUUUGGCACGGCCUGGACAGGUCUCGUGGAUCUUGCGCGUCUGCAGAAGGGCGAGAACGUCCUGAUCCACUCUGGUGCUGGGGGAACCGGGCAGGCCGCUAUCCAUCUCAGCCAGUAUCUUGGGGCAGAGGUGUUUGCGACCGUGGGCUCCGAACACAAGCGGGCGCUGCUGAUGGCCGAGUACGGGAUCCCGGCCGACGACCAUAUCUUCAACAGCCGCGAUACCUCGUUUUCCAGGGGAAUGAAGCAUGCCACGAGCGGCCGCGGGGUGGACGUUGUGCUGAACUCGCUGGCGGGUGAGAGCCUGCUGGCGUCGUGGGAGAGCCUCGCGCCGUACAGGCGCUUCAUUGAGCUGGGGAAGAAGGAUAUCCUGGACAACGCGGGCUUGCCCAUGCUUCCCUUUGUCAGACAUGCUACCUUUUCGGCGUUGGACUGGUCGGUCUGGAUUGUUGAGCGGCCUGCCCAUUCUCUACAAACAAUGGAGACCAUUCUGCGUCUCUUCCAGCAAGGCAUCCUUCAUCCUUCCCGCCCUGUGCAUGUCUGUCCAAUCUCCGAUGUCCACAAGGCAUUCUCGGCCAUGGCAGACGGUAAGACCAGCGGCAAGACUGUGCUGACAAUCAGCCCCGAAGCUAUUGUCCCGACAAUCACCACUCGCCAUCCCACGUACACCUUCAGCGCGGACGCCACGUACGUACUUGCCGGUGCAUUCGGCGGAAUCGGCCGCUGCAUCACCCGCUGGCUGGUCGAACGAGGGGCCCGAAACCUCCUCCUUCUCUCGCGGUCAGGCCCAAGCACCCCAGCAGCGCACGAGUUGGUCGAGUCCCUGCGCGCCAACGAAGUCACCAUCCAGACGCCCCCCUCCAACAUCGCCGACGCAACCGCCCUCCGCCUCACCCUGCAAAACAGCCGCACCUCUCUCCCCCCAAUCCGUGGCUGCAUCCAAGCCGCCAUGGUCCUGCACGACACGCCCUUCACGCACAUGCAGCACGCCCAAUGGCGCGCAGCCGUAGACCCCAAGGUCUCCGGAUCAUGGAACCUGCACACGCACCUGCAGGGGCUGACCUUCUUCGUCCGCCUCUCGUCCCCGGGGCCGUCUCCGGGAUCGUCGGCCAGCACGGCCAAUCCAACUACGCCGCCGGGAAUUCCUUCCAGGAUAGCCUGGCGCGAUACCGCGUAA